CCUACAACCACAUUCUAACAACGAAAUAUUUACCGUUCAUGAAUAACUAUACUUUAUUCACAAAGUCAGAAUGUCCACGAUACAGCCAGCUACAGAGGUCUUAUGUGCGAACUCGGGUCAGGAUGGUUCAAGAUGUGAUCGAGUUGGAAAGUACGAGUGCAAGUAUUGCCAUUUGGUUAAAUACUGUGGGAAGAAAUGCCAGAAGGUACACUGGAAGACGCAUAUAAGUGAUUGUCGAAACAACCCGUUACUGAAACCAACUUGGCGGCCUGCGUGGGAGACAGAGCAUCGUGAACCUGCUUUCAUGGGAGGGCCUCGGCAACGGCAUUUCAACUACAAAAUGAAAUUCCCAUGGGGAAAUAUGCCGGCGUUCGACCUGCUCAAACUUGCGUCGAAUGAGGGCACCAACUACAAAGGAGGCCUCAACCUUCUCUUUGCUGCUUCCGGUGAUAUUAGAAAUUGUAUCAUGACUCUUGUUUCUGUCCCUGACGAAUGCCAAAGCCCUAUGAAAGUCUAUCUGAACGACCGAGAUGCCGAUGUCGUGGGUCGAAAUGCCAUCAUGCUGCUUCUAGCUCUGAUGGAAGACGACGCUGCCGUUGCAGCUGACAACAUUAUUCAUCUAUGGUAUUCAUCAUUCAUUUCCCAAACCCUCUAUGACACAUUGAAUGGGAAGAUCCGUGAGCUAGUUCAAGACAUAUGCAAGAAAAUAGAGGGCAAGCCACCCAACGCAGCCCUGGGAAAGACUUGGACAUUCGGAUUGAGGUCUCUUAGGCUUGUCUUGACCAGGAACCAAUGGUUCGAGCUGCUCGCGAGCUUGGAAGUCCCUCCGGGCCUAACGGCCGAGAAGGCCCAAAAGAUUCGCCAGAGUGUUACUUUAGCCCCUGAAAGAGUAGAUUACAGGCAUCGCAGAUAUUUCGCUCAACCACCGGGAGAUCGUGCCAGCGCCGACAAGUUUCGAGACCAUGGUAUACUUCUCCCCUUCGGCGCCCCUCGUGAUUCGUUUACGAUACCAAAUCCAACUCUUUUCCGCGAUGCGGAAUCCUGGCCUAUGAAAGACGAUGCGGACCCUAUCCACGGCCACAGCCUAGAAGAGAUCAAACGUUUCUCGUGCGACGCUCCCGCGAAUGAUAUCUACGGGAAACUUAGUUUCUUCCUCAAGGAUCUUGUCACCCGUUUCCACCGCCGCUUGCAGAAUUUGGACAUCAAAUUCCAUCUUCUAAAUGUUAACGCCGAGGACCUGCCUGAGUACGUUGGGCAAGUCUUGUUCGACCGCAUAGAGGUUGCAAACGUUUCGGACGCGGGAUAUUUGGGUAUUGCACGAACACUCUGCUAUAUAGGGACUUUACUAAAGCGUCCCAAUGACAACCGUUAUGCCACGUUGGUCACGCUAUUCCUCAACGCAGUAGAGGAGAUUUUCGAUGACAAGGAGAAAAGGAAGGUGAUUGAAUACGAAAUUCAGGAAGUGUGGAAGUAUAUGACUCCGAAGCCCCCCACAGGACCAUAUGAUGCCGACAUUAUCAUCAACGAUGUUGCAACUGAACAGGUCCGUGACGUGGACAAGUACUUCAAUAGAUAUAUGAAACUCCAUCACUUCGAUGAACUUUGUGAGGUAUCCGGCAUGGAGUUCAAAGAACAACCCACGAUAAUCGAGGCCUGGCCAUUAAAGGUGAAAAAGGGACUACACCAAAGAGGGGCCAAGGAAGAGUUCACCACACUAUUAUCAUCCGGUCACUCGGGCUGUGAGCGAUACAUGGAAUGGAGGUAUAAGGUAAACUGAUCUGAAACUGAGUUGAAGUGGAUGCUGGGGUUAGUUUGUGAGUUCAAGAGAUGUGGAAUAUGAUAAUGGAUGUGAUCAAUCUCGCUCUUUGUUAUUAAAUACAGCCCUGAAGGGACGGUUGAACUUGGAAGUGUCCUGUAGGAUUAUGUCAAGGAGCUGGAAAGUGAAAGUUAGACACUGGUUAUUUCAUGAGGGAAAAUGGUGUAGACACUCACUGCUAAGUGUUUGAAUCUGGGCAUAUAAGCACUUGAAUCCUCCUACGACUUCAGUGAUCGAAUGCCCCCUUUUUAUCCAUACAGCCGAAGGAUCCCCGAUGGAGACAUUU